UCAGAAGUCAAGGCCUGCAUUAAAAGGAUAACAACGCAUGAUGUAAGAUAUUUAGGGAACUCGGGUUUAUCGCCUUUAAGGUGAAGUUUCUCGUCAUCAUGGCUGCUAAUGCUGCUGAUUAAACUCAAGUUGUGGAUGUGGCCACUGGGUUUUAGCAACUAUAGUGGAGUCACCACUGCUAAUCUUCAGCCAAUAAAACUUCGUUUAAGCUCACUUAAUGUUGCUUAUAAAUUAGCCCACCUCCCUUCUUUCACUUGUCACACACAGUCAAGUCGAGCAAGCUAUGGCUUCCAAGCACUUUUGGCUAUUCCAAAUCACAUUGAUUAGCUUGAACUUAGUAGUCUCUUCCUUUCCUGAUUAUAGCCGGAUGGGCCAGCUCUCUCCGUAUUAUUACGACAGGUCCUGCCCUCGCUUGGAAAUGAUCGUCAGAUACAAUGUUUUGGUAGCCUUCAAGAAAGAUACGAGGAUUGCUGCCUCUCUUCUUCGGUUACACUUUCAUGACUGCAUUGUCGAUGGCUGCGAAGGGUCCGUGCUUCUUGACGACACCAUAGACAUGAAGGGGGAGAAGAACGCCUUGCCAAAUCGCAACUCUCUCCGAGGCUUCGAUGUCAUCGACAAUAUAAAAACCGACCUUGAGAAAUUCUGUCCCUGCACCGUCUCGUGCACUGAUAUACUCACCCUAGCUGCAAGAGAAGCCGUCUAUAUGUCAGGUGGGCCUUAUUGGGCCGUACCGUUGGGCAGAAAAGAUGGGAUCACGGCUAGCGAUAAGUCGGCUAAUGAACAGAUACCGUCGCCUAUCGAGCCUUUGGACAACAUCAUUGCUAAAUUCACUUCAAAGGGUCUGGAGGUGAAGGAUGUUGCAGUCCUCUCAGGAGGGCACACCAUAGGCUUUGCGCAGUGUUUCACCUUCAAGAGGAGGCUGUUCGACUUCAAGGGAUCCGGCAAGCCCGACCCAAAUUUGGACACCUCCCUCCUAUCGAGCCUCCAGAGCGUAUGCCCAAACAGUGAUGCCUCCAACACCAACCUCGCCCCUCUCGACUCCACCGUGGACACAUUCGACAACUACUACUACGCCAACCUGGUCAACAAUUCGGGUCUUCUCGAGUCGGAUCAAGCCCUGAUCGGCGACGCAAGAACCGCAUCGCUCGUCAAUUACUACACCACCAACCCCACCCUGUUCUUCAAUGAUUUCGCCGCUUCCAUGGUGAAGCUAGGCAAUGUCGGAAUCCUCACCGGGCAGAGUGGGCAGAUUAGGAAGAAGUGUGGCUCCGUGAACUAAAGUGGAUUUAGUGAAAUAAACGGGACAUGUUGUCAUCUUAAACAAAGUCGUGCAACAUCUACAAAUUAUCAAUUUGGUGCUCCUAUGUUGAGUUGUGCUAUCCUCACUAGAUGUCCAAAGACAUGAUCAAAUGAGAACAUCUGAGAGGUAGAUAUUCCUCUUUUCUCUUGAAA